UUACAGCUUCUGGAUAUGAAGUCGGGAAUUCUGGGUUUGACCAAUAAACUAGAUGUGCUUUGCGAGACUAAUGAUCUGGUUUACUUCCCUCUCCUGUACAUUCAGGUAGCAGCAUUGGCUACGCUUGCCAUUUUGAGGGUUAUAUCUGCUUCCUCUUCAUCAAAGGAAACUGAAAAAGUUCCAGUCAAAUGUGUAACAUUCUCACAGCCCCCUGUUGGAAAUGCCGCCUUAAGAGACUAUGUCAAUACAAAAGGGUGGCAGCAAUUCUUCAAGAGUUACUGUAUUCCGGAAGAUUUGGUGCCCCGUAUUUUAUCUCCUGCUUAUUUUCAUCAUUAUAAUUCUCAAGUGCCAUUGACACCUGCUGAAGUUGAUCCUGAAGCUUCCCAGAAUCUAAUGAUGAAACGAGAGGGACCGAGAGAGAAAUUAAAGAAAGGAAACGACGGUGAACAGUUGGUUCUAGGAUUGGGCCCUGUACAAAAAUCCUUCUGGAGACUUUCAAGACUUGUUCCCUUGGAAGGCAUGAGAAGACAAUUCAACAAGUUCAGUGGAAAGCAUGUUGAUUCUUUAGAAACAUCUACUAAGAGUUCUGCGGUGCCUGAAGAUGAAGUAAUCGAAGCACAAUCUCUUGAGAUCCAAGAGGGUUCUGAUGGUAUUUCUUUAAAACCAUUCUCUGACACAGAUAAGGGGUCAUCGGAUAUGACAAUGUCUGGAAAGAUGAUGGAAAAUAAUGGCAAGAAAGGUGGGGAUAGCAGGGCGUGGCGCAGGGUGCCUUAUUUACCAUCAUAUGUACCAUUUGGGCAGGUGUGUUCUGGCGCUUAAGUUUUCAUGUUUUGC